AUGGUUGCUAUCACGGAGAUCCUUCUCGCUACACUCUCUGCUGGCGUUGUAGUUGCCAGGGAAGGCAAGAUGACCUGGUACAACCCUGGUCUCGGUGCCUGCGGCAAAACCCAUAAUAACAAUGAUAUUAUCGUCGCGAUUGGGUUGCCUCACUGGACCGCGGCCAAUCCCAACAAAGAUCCCAACUGUCAGAAAAAGGUCACCAUCCAUUAUGGCGGCAAGAAGGUCACGGCUCGUGUUGUUGACAAGUGUAUGAGCUGUGGAAGGAAUAACAUCGAUGUUUCCCCUGCCGUCUUUAAGAAGUUCGGCCCCCUCAGCAAGGGACACUACCAAGUGAAGUGGAACUUGCAUAACUGA